CAGAUAAUAUAGGCUUAAAUGCAAGAUAUACAUGUAUCUCUGGAUUUAUCGAAGUCAACAAUAUGGAUAAAGUGUGCAUUGUUUUGCUCACUCUAUCUGUCACAGACCUGAUGGAAUCAGCGAGCAACGGGUAUGUGCGUUCAAAGUCGCCAUCAAGACGUUUUAUAUUCGACGCAAAUCACACUUUUACAGGUUGGGCUUCUUGGCAACAACAAGCAGCAUGUUCCAUACUCUGUGUAUCUGGGUACGAGACUGUAACAAAGCAAUGCUGUGAGACUGGAGACAAUAGGCUCUGCUAUAAUCUACCGUGGGAUAAGCUCAAAAUGUAUGUAGGAACAUGUCCAAAUUCUACAACACUAGAUACUACAGUAGGGUCUCCAACUACAACAACAACGUUAAAAACUACUACAACCAGACGAACAAGGGCAACCACUACGAUAAAGCUGCCCAAAACAUUACCACCAGUAACAACGACAUGUGCUGUAUGCGCUGGUCCUAAGUUUUUAUGCGAGAAGCUGUACGCUCCAACACCAUGUCCGCCACCAAACAACUAUUGUAUAAAUACAAUAACAAAUCAUAAAGAUGGGACCAAGAUCAGUAGACAGAGCAUGUGGAAGCUUCGACAUAUGUUAUAGAGAAUGGUUUCAAGGUUCCUCAGAUAACAACUUGUGCCGACAUUUUGACGAGACAAACGAGCAGCGACUCGAUUUCCAAUGCACCUACUGUUGUAUUAAAGAUAAUUGUAACUAUCCACUAUACCCAUCUGUUGACACUUUGUACCGACCUUAAAUGAUAUUUACUAGUAUAUUGCGCGGAUAAAACUAAACUUGCUGCUUUGUAGUUCUUAUGUUAACAUUGUUUCCAUUAUAACAUGAAUUUGUAACAGAGUUACCAACGCCGCCCACCUAGGAACAGUUUUAACAAAACAAAUUGCAUGGCAAUACAACGAUUUCUAAGUAAUAUGGCAACAUACUAACAAUGUUUAUAAAUCAUAACUAUAUACCAUAUAAUUCAUGACGGUGUUAGUUAUUUUGAAAAUGUCUGGAAAUCUAUAAGUGGUGAAUGCUUUAAUGUGAUCUUAUUUCUUAACUGGUAAGGAAAAAUAAAUUGAAAGAAAAUGAAAUGUUUCAUCAUAUUAAAGUGAGGUAAUUAAUAAAGAAAUGAAAUGCAUGACAUUUAUAUGGUACUGAAGAAACUUGUUUUUAAAUAACUUACUACAAAAAUUAAUUG